AUGACACCUACAUUCACUAGAUUCACACUUGCAUAUAUUUCAAGAAGAUUUCUUUCAACAACAGCUUGUCGACUCUCCAAAAAGGUUGCUGUUGUUGGUGCAGGACCAUCCGGAUUUUAUACAUCCUUGAAUCUACUCAAAGACAAUGAUCCAUCUCUCCAAAUAGAUAUGUUUGAAAGAAAUCCUUGCCCCUUCGGAUUAGUUCGAUAUGGAGUGGCACCUGAUCACCCAGAGGUCAAAAAUUGCCAAGAACGAUUUCAAGAUACCCGAAAAGAUGAGAGGUUCAAAUAUUACGGAAAUGUAACUGUUGGGAUUGAUUUAAAGUUAAAAGAGCUUUAUGACAACUAUGAUAUUGUUGUUUAUGCAUACGGUUCAAAUAAAGAGAAUAAGCUUGGAAUACCUGGAGAGGAUGAUCACCCUGGUAUAAUUAAUUCUAAGGCAUUUGUCGGUUGGUAUAAUGGCAGUCCUGAAUACAAGGACCUUGAUCCUCCCUUGGAUAAAGUUAAAAGCGUAGUCAUUAUUGGAAAUGGUAAUGUUGCAAUUGAUAUUGCGAGAGUUCUCUUGGCACCUAUAGAGUCUCAUUGGAAGAUGACAGACAUAUCCAGGCAUGCGAUUGAGCAGUUGAGGAAAUCAAAAGUUGAGAAGGUGACUAUUGUUGCCCGUAAAGGCUUCCUGGAAAGUAAGUUCACCAAUAAGGAGUUCAAAGAACUUUUUGAAUUGUAUAAGGAAGGUGUGUAUUUUGGAGGUUGGCCUAAACAGAAGUUUGUCACACUUCAAGAUUUAAAACUUGGGAGAGUGGACAAAAGACGGCUUUCGUUGGUUAAUAAGUAUAAAGGGUUGUUGGAGAAAGAAAAUGCAGGUGGCAAAACCCCAAGAAGAGUCUGGUAUUUGGAUUACUUGAAAAGCCCAAUCGGAUUCAAAGUGAACCGUGCUGAUCCAGAACUCUUGGAAGAGGUUAUUUUCAGAGAUAAUUCUAUAAAGAUUGAGCGUAUUCCAAAUACCCGCAGUUAUAGAUCUAUCAUAACUCCUACAGAAGGUUUCAGUUCGAUAAAUUGUCAAUUAGUGAUUCCAUCAAUCGGAUAUAAAUGCAAACCUUUACCCGAAUUCAAAAAGCUUGGAAUACCGUUCGAUGAGAAAAAAGGAGUGAUUCCGAAUGUAGAUGGAAAGGUUAUCGGAAGAAACGAUUCUUAUUGCGUGGGCUGGGUUGCAAAUGGUUCAAGGGGAAAUAUUAACUCGACUGUCAUGACAAGCGGUUUACUAGCUGAAAUUAUACAGGAGCAGCUUAAUGCUAAGAACAAUAAUAUAGACAAACCCGGUCGUAAGGUUACGGAAGAGCUAUUAGGUAAGAGGAAUGUAAAUGUUGUCAACUGGGAUGAUUGGACAACAAUCGAGGCUUUCGAGAAAAUGAAAGGUAAGGAGUCUGGUAAGCCGAUGGAAAAGGUCACCGACUUCAAGGAAAUGCUGAAUAUAUGUAAAUAA